GUGGCUUGUCUCACAGUGCAGGGAGCACAGGCACAUAAGUCAGCUCUUGCACCUCAGCUCGGAUGAUCCUCUAUCUGCCUACAAUUAACAAAUACAAACACAGAGUUGAGUAGAUAUUACCAAAGCAACAAAUCUACCUAGAAAGCAAAUGGAAAACUGUAACAAGCGGAGUGGGAUGUCUGAAAAGCUGUACAACAUUGUAGUUAUUUUGUAUGUUGCAAGGCUUUUACUUAGAAAGAAAAGUGGAAUCGCAUGAGCCUAAAGGGGUAUUCUACUGAUGUCUUAAAGGAUGAGGCUUGGAAGAACAUCAUUAUCCUGUACUCUUUGCCACCACAUGCCCAAUAUUCAGGAUAUGUGGACAUUAUUGGACCAUUGUGUUACCUUCCAACAAGAUUUCUGUAAAUGAAAUAAAAAUACACCUAUUAUAAAGGAAAAAUAACAACAGACAAAAAAGAAAAUUUGGGAGAGGAAGACACCUAUCAGUAAAAAAAUCAAUAGACCUUUGUGCACCAAGCCAAGGGAAUGGAGAACUUCCGCCGGGUUCAGACAGUUGAUGAAGAUGAUGGACAGCCUUUGCCAUUCAAGAACCUUCACCCAGAUGUAGUAAAAAUGAGAGUGAAAGAAGGCAGUAAAAUCCGUAACCUCAUUGGGUAUGCAGCAACCCAUAUGUUGUCAGAGGGAACUGGACAGAUUGUUUUCAGUGCUUAUGGUCGAGGAGUAACCAAAGCUGUCACCUGUGUAGAAAUAUUGAAACGAAAAAUAGAUGGUCUUCACCAGGUCACCAAACUUCAGUAUAAGACACUGCAGGAGGUAUGGGAGCAGAAAGGGCCAAAUGUUCAACAUCCAGCUCCGUGUCUCACUGUACAAAAAAAAUACCCAUCAAUCAAUAUCCUCCUUUCCAAGGAACCCCUUGACCCCCAAGAGGAGGGAUACCAACCCCCACAGUCAAUGGUCCCUACAGAGACUGCAAAGAGGUUUUCUGAAUCUGAUAUUGAGCACUGUACCUCAAAGAAGAGAAAAAACAAGAGUAAAACAGAAGAGUCUGAGGGAUGAUACUAAAGUUUUAAACACAUAUGGCAAGUUAUACCUCAGGAACAACAAUAGUUACCUACUAGUGUACUUUUACAUAGGACAAGGACAAACUCAGUUAUCAUCAUCUUAACAUCAUCUUCAUUUUGAUAAUAUUGCAGCAAUAGAAUGGUAUCUUAAAAGCUUUAGCUAAAAAAGUAUUAUAUAAACUGGUGAGCAAUUUUAUUGGGAAAUGUGAUUAAAAUAGAAAAAACUACUUGGGCAUGUCCAAAGUCCUAAAUCCUUCACCUUUCCUGCUAGAGCUGAUCACUGAGAAGUGAAUCUUUUGGUCAGUGUGUGGCCAGCUCCAGCACAGUGUACAAAAAAGUAAUGGACGGGGUAAUGCUCAUAAAUAAAGAAGUAAUGAUAAGGAAUAUGGAAAUAUGGAAGCUAGUGAAAAUAGCAAUGGCUGAAAGGCUGAAGGUUGGAUAACCAUGUGCAAUUUUAUAUAGCAAUGUCCUUUUGAUAGUCUUACUACAGUUGACAAAUCUGAGCUCAUUUUAAUUUAGAAACUAUGGGUUAGAAGUUUAGGACUGCAUCGCAAAACCAACUGUUUCAUCAAAAGUUCAGAACCUGUACAGUUGGUAAUAGUGAUAAUACUACAGUCACUGUAAAGAAGCACACAAGUAUGUUUGACUGUAUUUUUUCAUUUAUGAUUGAUUCCCAGAUCCAAAACAUCCAGUCAGUCAUUACAGAACUGAAAGCAUAAGUCUUGAUCUCGAGUUUAACUGUUGGUCAGCAGAAAUAGUGUCGGACUAGGCCACAGCAGCAAUGGGUGAGGUCAGGACCGCCAUCAGAAAUCGCAAAGCCCCAUACGUCAAAAUUUCCUGGGCCCCCUGAGCUGCGCCCACCGCAAG